AUGUGCGACCAGACCUUGGCGAACGUAUUUGGUCCGUGUGACUACUGCUACAAUGAGUGUCCUCUCCGGGAGGUUUACCGCAAAUCGGAGAAAUUCAACUACUGCUCUCUCUGUAUCGAAAUGAUGGCAACCGAGGGGCUGCAGGAGAACGAGAGCCUGGCCUCGCUGAAGAACGAGGCCGAGAGCCUGAAGGGCAAGCUGGAGGAGGAGAGGGCCAAGCUGCACGACGUGGAGCUUCAUCAGGUGGCAGAGCGCGUGGAGGCUCUGGGGCAGUUCAUGAUGAAGACUCGGAGGACGCUGAAGGGCCACGGCAAUAAAGUCCUCUGCAUGGAUUGGUGCAGAGACAAACGGAGAAUCGUCAGCUCUUCCCAGGAUGGGAAAGUGAUUGUGUGGGACGCCUUCACUACCAAUAAGGAACAUGCUGUGACAAUGCCUUGUACUUGGGUGAUGGCCUGUGCCUACGCCCCGUCGGGAUGCGCCAUCGCUUGUGGUGGGCUGGACAAUAAGUGCUCCGUCUAUCCGCUGACGUUUGAAAAGAACGAAAAUAUGGCCGCGAAGAAGAAAUCGGUCGCCAUGCACACAAACUACCUGUCGGCUUGCAGCUUCACUAACUCGGACAUGCAGAUCUUGACUGCUAGCGGAGAUGGCACUUGCGCGCUCUGGGAUGUGGAAAGUGGGCAGCUGUUGCAAAGCUUCCACGGGCACGGGGCUGACGUCUUGUGUUUGCAUCUCGCUCCGUCAGAAACAGGAAACACUUUCGUCUCCGGGGGUUGCGACAAAAAAUCGAUGGUCUGGGACAUGCGGACGGGCCAGUGCAUUCAGUCGUUUGAGACCCACGACUCAGACGUCAACAGUGUCAGGUACUAUCCAAGUGGAGAUGCCUUUGCCUCUGGUUCAGAUGACGCUACGUGCCGCUUAUAUGACCUCCGUGCAGACAGAGAAGUAGCUAUUUAUUCCAAAGAGAGCAUCAUCUUUGGGGCCUCCAGCGUGGACUUCUCUCUCAGUGGGCGCUUACUGUUUGCGGGCUACAAUGACUACACCAUAAACGUCUGGGAUGUUCUGAAAGGGUCUCGCGUCUCCAUUCUGUUUGGGCACGAGAAUCGCGUCAGCACACUGAGGGUUUCAUGCGACGGGACUGCAUUUUGCUCGGGAUCGUGGGAUCACACAUUAAGAGUACGGGAUACACUUUACUUUUCCUUCUCUUUUUGGCUGACGUUUCCUCUAAUGCAUGCAGAGAUUGAGGUGUUUAUGCUGUCUUAG